AACAAUAGAGAGCGUACAAUACACAUAAGUUAUAGCGCGUUGACAAAUACUUAUAAUAGAAAGUUCAAGAAAAAGAAAGAACAUAUAACAAUACUUGAAAGUUGAAAAUUAUACAGGCACAAAAUCAGCAUUCAUCGAUCAAUUUAGGGUUUAUAAAAAAAUAAUUUUUUUAAAUAAAAUUUUUAUACUCAUCUAAAUUGGAAUUUGAUUUUGUGAAAUUGAAUUUGAUAAUUAAUUGAGAGGAAUUGAAUUUAGGGUUUAGCAGAAAUGGGGAGUCCAAAGAAGAAUCAUAACAAGGGAUUUUUUGCAACGAUGAGCUCUGGAUUGUCCACGUUUGGUAACGCUCUUCACAGAUCUGUUAACGGGAACCAAACUUGUUUGCUCCAUUCACUGCCUUUCCUUCUUCCAGAUUGCUUGGAUAUGAAGGCCUAGAAGUUAUAAAUCCAGAAGGAGGUAAAGAAGAUGGAGAAGAGGAAGCACAAAAAGGUAGAUGGAAACAGGAGGAACGAGACAGUUACUGGAAGAUGAUGCAGAAGUAUAUUGGUUGUGAUGUCACAUCAAUGGUAACACUCCCUGUUCUUAUAUUUGAGCCCAUGACGAUGCUUCAAAAAAUGGCAGAGUUAAUGGAAUAUUCCCACCUUUUAGACAAAGCCGAUGAAUGCGAGGAUCCUUACAUGCGAUUGGUAUAUGCAACAUCUUGGGCAAUAUCAGUCUACUAUGCUUACCAACGUACAUGGAAACCGUUUAACCCAAUUCUUGGGGAGACUUAUGAAAUGGUCAACCAUGGUGGCAUCACAUUUAUUUCCGAACAGGUCAGCCAUCAUCCUCCAAUGAGUGCUGGGCAUGCUGAAAAUGAGCAUUUCACAUAUGAUGUGACUUCCAAGUUGAAAACCAAAUUCUUGGGUAACUCCGUUGAUGUAUAUCCUGUUGGAAGGCAAGAAAAAGUCUUCGAAACAAAGGCGACCAUAUCCAUUAAGACACGUGUGACCCUUAAGAGAGAUGGUGUUGUCUUGGAUUUGGUUCCCCCUCCCACAAAGGUUAAUAAUUUAAUAUUUGGACGAACCUGGGUUGAUUCGCCUGGGGAAAUGAUCAUGACAAAUCAGACAACCGGGGACAAAGCGGUGCUCUAUUUCCAAGCUUGUGGUUGGUUUGGGGCUGGACGGUAUGAGGUUGAUGGGUAUGUUUAUAAUGCUAAUGAGGAACCUAAGAUACUGAUGACUGGAAAAUGGAAUGAGUCAAUGAGUUACCAACCCUGUGACAUGGAGGGUGAGCCUCUUCCUGGCACAGAGCUAAAAGAGGUUUGGCGAGUUGCUGCUGCUCCUGAAAAUGACAAAUUUCAGUACCCCUAUUUUGCGCAUAAAAUAAACAGUUUCGAUACUGCUCCCAAGAAGUUGUUAGCAUCUGAUUCUCGUUUGCGCCCCGAUAGAGCUGCACUUGAAGAAGGGGACCUAUCCAAAGCUGGUGCUGAAAAGAGCAGUUUGGAGGAGAGGCAGAGAGCUGAAAAGAGAAACAGAGAGGCACAAGGACAUGAAUUCAAACCAAGAUGGUUUGAUAUGACCGAUGAAAUUGCACCAACACCAUGGGGUGACUUGGAAAUCUACCAGUACAAUGGCAAGUACACCGAGCAUUGGACAACGGCUGAUGCUUCAGGCAACAUUGAUAUAGAAGAUGUUAAAUCCGUGGACUUCAAUCCAUGGCAAUAUGGAAAUUUGGCCGAGGAAUAGGGCUGAUGCUACAUUUUUGCUUGCACAAUUGGAUGUGCUGGUUGUGGGCUGACCUUUCUGUGUAAAAAGAGAAGCAAUUGUUGUUUGUGUAAUAUGUACAUUGUAACACAUUUUAGGGGUCGUUUGGUAGGAGGUAUUAGAAAAAUUAUGCAAGCAUUAGCUCUGUGCAUUACUAAUACCUUGUUUGGUACAUUUUUAGAACUUGUGUAUAACUAAUACUUGUAGGGGUCGUAUGGUGUGAAUACGGCUUAUGCCGGGAUAAGUAAUGCUGGGAUUAGUUAUGCUGGAUUAGUUAUAAGUAAUGCUGGGAUUAGUUAUGCUG